AUGACAAUCACCUACCUGGCCCUGAACAAACAAGAGAGUCUCUCGCAUGCCGAUAUCAGUAGGAAUUUCCUGAUUGAUUUCGUGCAAGUUGCAGAUUCCUGGGAGCUAAAUGUUCCUACGGCUCAGGGCUUUGUCCCCUUUAGCUUCGUGGGAGAAGGGAAGAGGAUCAGGAUGUCUCUCCAAGAGAACAAGCUGAGACGCGCAGGCGAAGAAGAAAUGGAUCCAACAUUGCGAUCAACUAUCUUGCAGGCGGUCUGUGAGGACCCUCGGAUUGGUCUUAUAUGGGUUGCUCGGUUCUCCCUGCUUGCUGCUCUGGUCGCCGAGACUCAGGAAUUCCAAACUACAUCUUGUCACUGGGAUUAUAUUUUAUCCACUGCCCAACAGCAGCUGGGGCCGGGCCAGGAAGAGCCUAAGAUCACCCACAAACACGAUGAAAUAUCCAUCUUGAAGGAACGCGAAAUGGCAGCGGUUUCUGCAGAAGGCAAUGGUAGCGAUAUCCUUCAAAAUUAUCAGGAAACCCUCAAAAACUUGGAAACAAAUGGUAAUAGGAGAUUGGCCUCAGCAUAUAACGUGUAG